CACGCGGUGGGGAAAGAUGUCGGGGAAGACAUGGUACGGACAUAGAACGCGUGGUGUGGAAAUUUCUAAGCAAACCAUAACGGUUCUUCUGUCAUGCAACUUUUUUCUCAUUUCACUCGUAUACCUUUUCUUUUGCAUCUUUGCCUAAUUUUCUCACUAAUUCUAAUUGAUUAAUAUGAUACUACUCUUGACUCUUGACUCUCUUGACUUGUCUUUGUAUAUAUAUAUUCAAAGUAAAUGCAUGAGAAUUACACAUUACAAAAAUAAGAUGGAAAAUAUGCCACCAGGUUAUCGUUUCUACCCUACAGAAGAAGAGUUGAUUACUUUCUAUCUUCAUAACAUGCUUGAAGGAGAGAAACAAUACAUCAUUCGAACUGUUAUACCAGUCGUUAAUAUAUACGACUAUAAUCCAUCGCAACUCCCACAAAUUUCUGGAGAGGCUAGUAUGAAAGACAAGGAGCAAUGGUUCUUUUUCAUUCCGAGGCAAGAGAGUGAAGUUAGAGGAGGAAGACCUAAGCGUCUUACAACAACUGGUUACUGGAAAGCCACUGGUUCUCCUAAUCAUGUUUAUUCUUCUGAUAAUCACGUAAUCGGUAUGAAAAGGACUAUGGUUUUUUAUCAUGGAAGAGCUCCGAAAGGAAAGAAGACUGAUUGGAAAAUGAAUGAGUAUAAGGCCAUUCAAGAUGAAUCAGGCCCUAAGUUAAGGCAAGAACUUAGUUUAAGUCGAGUGUACAAGAAAUCAAAGUGUUUAAGGGCAUUUGAUAGACGACCACCACCAAGAAGGGUUACACCAUGCGUUCAAAAUGUUCAAGAGCACAAGAUGAAUUCAACAUGCGAUCAUGAUGUUCAGGUAUUAUUGGACAUAAGUCCAACUAGCUCACCAGAAUGCUCUUGUUCUGUAGAUCAUGGCCAACCCUCACAUGAGGUUGGAGAAGGUAGCCAAAUGGAUACUAAUGUUGACUAUGAGCCUUUGUUUGAUUGGGAACAAGUGGAUUGGUUCUUGGGAUCAGAGCCAUGAUAUAGAAAAAAUUUAGUUAUAUAUGUUUACUUUUACAUAUAAAUUGGCGACAUUAAUGAUUAUGUAGGCGAUUGCAUCUCAUGUAACUCUUAUAAAUAAACGGAUAUUUUUAAAUUUAUUGAAUAUUGAUAUACUGUGAUAGACAAAAAUUGAUGAAGACAAGUGCAACAGG